AAAUAUAUUUUAUUUUCUAUGGCGUCUUCUGCUUUUGUCGUCGUUGAGAAAAUGUUAUUAUGAGACCAUCUCCGAUUUUGUCAUUCUCAUUCUCCAGAAUCCUCAGCUUCAGCUACACAAAAACCAUGUCUGCUGCAAUCUCCCCUUCUCUUCGUUUGUUCACCACUAAAAUCCCAAUCUCUACUCAUUCAACUAAAUACAUGAUCUCUUCUACGAAACCCACAAAUCAAUCCUUCUUUAUUUUUUCAAAGCCCAUUUCUUUUCAAAAAAUCCCAACAAGAACGCAACCUUCACUGUUUGCAUCGCCGCCGAGCGCUGUGUCUCUGCAACCCAUUGAAGAACUCCCUCCGAAGCUUCAAGAAAUCGUCAAGCUGUUCCAGUCCGUUCAAGAACCUAAAGCUAAAUACGAGCAGCUACUUUUCUAUGGAAAAAACUUGAAGCCACUCGAUGCCCAAUUCAAAACGAGAGAGAACAAAGUAGAGGGUUGUGUUUCUCAAGUCUGGGUUCGGGCAUAUUUAGAUGUGGACAAGAAUGUUGUGUUUGAGGCUGAUUCGGAUUCGGUUCUUACGAAGGGGCUUGCAGCUUUACUUGUUCAAGGACUUUCUGGUCGGCCAGUACAAGAGAUUUUGAGGGUUUCACCAGAUUUUGCGGUGCUUCUUGGGUUGCAACAGAGUUUGACCCCUUCGAGGAAUAAUGGGUUUUUGAAUAUGUUGAAAUUGAUGCAGAGGAAGGCACUUGAGUUAUAUGUGGAGGCUGAGAAGGGUGGCGGGUCAGAUCAUGGGUCGAAUUCAGGGACUGAUGGCAGUGAAGAUUUGAGUAACAAAGUAGACAGUGUUAAAAACGAAGUAAAAAGUGCAAAUUUAGAGUCAAAUGAUGAUGUUGGUGUUGAUAGUUUGAGUAUGGGAAUGAAUUCGGAAGUUGAUAAUUUAGGGAGCAGAGGGAAAAGAAUUAAGGAGAUAUUGGAGAGAGAACUAAAGCCAAUUGAAUUGGAAGUGGAGGACAUCUCUUAUCAGCACGCAGGGCAUGCUGGUGUGAGAGGAAGUGAUGGUGAGACACAUUUCAAUUUGAGAGUUGUAUCAAAAGAAUUUGAAGGCAAGAGUCUGGUAAAGAGGCAUAGGCUAAUUUAUGGUUUGUUGCAAGAGGAAUUGCAGAGUGGAUUACAUGCGCUGUCAAUUGUGGCAAAGACACCAGCUGAAGUUGAUGCAAGAUGAGGAGCUUACUUGGGCUAAUAUGUUCAUUUUAUACCUUUCUUGAUUCCAUUUAACGAGUGUAAUGGAGAUUUACCUUCUAGGAUGCUACAUGCAAUGUACCUAACAAGGGGGUGGAGUGACUGACUUGCGAAGAAAGAAGCUAAAGGAUGGAUGAAAGAGAAGGUGUUCUUGGCUAGAAGGCAAUAAUAUUGACAUGCAAGUGGUUUGAUGAACAAAUGAAUUGGAAGAAAGCUGGAAAUUCUGAGGAUUAGGUGAAAUGGAAACAUAUAUAAAACAUAUGGGAGUUGGUAGUAGGAGAGAAGAGGGAGCGGAAGGGGGAUCUGUUAGUGUGGAGGCAAGGUACCCAUUACAUGUGAUAGAUGGAUUAAUAGCUUCCGAUAGUAUUCUUAUGUGUCUAUCAUCUUUAGUUCUUUUCUGGUGAAAAGGAAACAUAUGUGUACUGUGUAUAACACUAUUUACAACAGCGCUAUUUACAUCAUAGAUAUUGAAGUGGAUUUUAGAUAUUGAUUUGUUCUGAAGUUUGAGAUCCAAUGUAUAAUUUGUCUCUUGGAACUUUAGCAGAAUGGAUGAGAUUGAGGCAAAUUUUUAAA